AUGAUCGUAACACUAAACCCUAAGAUUCUCUAUUUCUCGAAAACCCAUCUUCAAUCUUCUCUUCCUCGUCCUCGAAAUGUCACUCUGAUCACAAAUUGCAAGCUUCAGAAGCCUGAAGAUGGUAAUAAGAGUAACAGAAGUAGCGGAAGUAUCACCAAGACAAUUUCGUUAUCCGAUUCCGCACCUCCGGUUACGGAAGAGACCCACGGUGAGGUUUCCGGUGAUCGAAGUGGUGGUAAUGGUGGAGGAGGAGGAGGAAAAGAGGGUUUAGGGUUUUUGAAGAGAAUACCCAGAAAAGUUUUGUCCGUUUUGUCUAAUUUACCUCUUGCAAUCACUGAAAUGUUCACCAUUGCUGCUCUUAUGGCUCUUGGGACUGUGAUUGAACAAGGUGAAACACCUGAUUUCUAUUUCCAAAAGUAUCCAGAGGAUAAUCCUGUGUUAGGGUUCUUCACUUGGAGAUGGAUUUUUGCACUUGGAUUAGAUCAUAUGUACUCUGCUCCUAUCUUUCUUGGGAUGCUUGUUCUCUUAGCAGCUUCACUUAUGGCUUGUACUUAUACUACUCAGAUACCUCUGGUUAAAGUUGCAAGGAGAUGGAGUUUUAUGAAGUCAGAUGAGGCAAUUAAAAAGCAGGAUUUUGCAGAUACUCUUCCUAGAGCAUCUGUUCAAGACUUAGGUGUGAUUUUGAUGGGUGAUGGAUAUGAGGUAUUUAUGAAGGGUCCUUCAUUGUAUGCUUUUAAGGGUUUGGCUGGUCGAUAUGCGCCAAUUGGAGUACAUAUAGCAAUGCUUCUGAUUAUGGUGGGUGGAACCCUUAGUGCGACCGGGAGCUUUAGAGGCUCGGUCACAGUUCCUCAAGGGCUAAAUUUUGUCAUGGGAGAUGUUUUAAGUCCGGUUGGGUUUCUCUCAUUUCCAACGGAUACUUUCAAUACCGAAGUUCAUGUUAACCGAUUCACCAUGGACUAUUACGACAGUGGAGAGGUCUCACAGUUUCACUCUGAUCUUUCACUCCGUGACCUUAAUGGGAAAGAGGUUCUGAGAAAGACAAUAAGCGUAAAUGAUCCCUUGAGAUAUGGUGGGAUCACUAUAUAUCAGACAGAUUGGAGUUUCUCGGCUUUGCAAGUGACAAAGGAUGGUGAAGGACCAUUCAACUUGGCUAUGGCACCUCUUAAGAUCAAUGGAGACAAGAAGUUAUAUGGAACCUUCUUACCAGUUGGUGAUGCUAAUGCUCCCAAUGUCAAAGGAAUAUCGAUGCUAGCUCGGGAUCUACAAUCCAUUGUUGUGUACGAUUUGGAAGGAAAAUUUGCCGGAAUAAGGAGACCAAACUCGAAGCUUCCCAUUGAGAUCGAUGGUAUGAAGAUUGUUAUUGAGGAUGCAAUUGGAAGCACUGGUCUUGAGUUAAAGAGUGACCCAGGAGUACCAAUCGUAUACGCUGGUAAAGUUUAA